UUCUUUUUCUUAAUUCUCCUCUUCCUCUUCCUCUUCAUCUUCUGCGUGGCUGAACUGAGAAUUCGAGGAAACUUUAACUCUUCCCUACACGAUAUUGACACAAUUUAAGUACACUCUAAAGUAUUUCAGUGUUCCUGUACACUUCAGCCGAUAAGAAAGGAAAAACAUAGAAUCCUAAAGUUCGGUGUUCAAAUACUGUGGCAAUAAUGGAGGGUACAGAGAAAUCUGAAAGCAGGGCAAGCACAAGGACUCCGCCAUUGCUGCCAUUCAGCGCCGAAACGUCUUACAAAGAAAAAGACGACAAGCCUAAAGCUGAUGAACGCGAUCGCCAAAGCAGGGAGCUCAAAUCGGGUCUACAUCCUCUACAGCAUCGAUAUGCUUUUUGGUACCUUCGUCGACAAGCUGGAGUUAGAACACAAUCAUCAUAUGAGGAAAACAUGAAAAAAAUCGUGGAGUUCAGUACUGUGGAAGAAUUUUGGGUUUGCUAUUGCCAUUUUGCUCGGGUUUCUUCUAUGCCAAACCCAACAAAUUUACACCUUUUCAAGGAGGGUAUUCGGCCUUUAUGGGAGGACCCUGUAAACCGUAAUGGUGGAAAGUGGAUAAUCCGUCUCAAGAAGGUUGUCUCAGCCAGAUAUUGGGAGGAACUGGUGCUUGCACUGGUUGGAGAUCAAUUGGAUUAUGGUGAUAAUGUUUGCGGAAUUGUAUUAAGUGUCCGGUUUGGAGAGGACAUUCUGAGUGUUUGGAAUAAGAAUGCUUCUGACUCCCAGGCAGUAAUGACAUUAAGAGAUUCAAUCAAGAAACAUCUUCAAUUGCCUCCAAGCUACCUGAUGGAGUAUAAGCCACAUGAUGCAGCCCUACGGGAUAAUUCCUCAUACAGAAACACAUGGUUGAGGGGAUGAACAGUCAUGAGAAUUUCAGCAGAUCAACUGUGGUAGAAGUUUGAGUAAUCCUUCUUUAUUAUGCAUGUUGCCAAUUAAUAUGAUAUUCUACAGCACCUUGUUCUGCUUCCUCUUGAUGCCGUCAUUGAAAUUCUGCAGCUUACUUAUAACUCUUACUCGCACUACACCAGUGCUUUCUUUUUAACAUUUUUUACAUUUCAUGGUUUCUAUCAACUUAGGGAGCACGAUUGUUUAUGUAUUGCACAUGAAAAACAGGAUUCAAAAACUUUCAGAUAAGAUAAUCUAGAAUAAUGAAGUCAAAAUAGAGAAUGCUGCUUGUUUGACCACAGCUUGGAAUGACAUGUUUGAAGCCUUGAAUCUGGGUUUCGAUAGUCAACGGUGUAAGCUAAAAUUGGAAGUCAUGAUAUACAGAAAUGCUACUGCCUUAAUUCAAUAGAAAUGUACUUCUCAACAUUUUCCACAAAUUCCACAAAUUCCACAAACUAAUUGGAUCAACUAAAAGAAAACAUGCGUUUCUUCAACUUGAAGAGCAUUUACUGACA